AUGUGUGCAUAUACAUUCACCUUUGGGAUACAUAAUGAAAGUGUCCUCUACCAAACCAGUAAGUUCGUUCUGGAGGCGUUAGAGGUGACCUGGAGUGGGAGUGGACCAGCGUCUUCCAUCGACGUUUGUGCGUGUUGCAAGUCAAGAGAGACCAGGCGGGCUGGAUGCUGUGAAAAGGUGUGUGCUGGCGCUGGACGGGCGUCUGUCUGUCUGUAUGUGCAUGUGCAUGUGCAUGUGUGUUAUGCGUUCAAGACGUUGCAAUGGGAAAAGCGUCCGUCCCGAGGGUGUUUGACUUCACUUCCCAUUCGUCAUUGUCCUCCCCCUGUCUCCUACCAACCGGUUGCCAAGUGCUCUUCUGACAUUCGGCUCGAGGACCGGUACAUGUGUGUCUGAGGGGGAGGAGAAGAGGUGGGAACGUCGAAGCAUGGGCCGCGGCUAACUGCGAUAGCAGACGGGUCCGACGUUCACGCCGAUGGCGCUUCUUCCGGCAGAGUCGAAGUGGCGGAUCUUAAAGUCGACCACCGGCAGAAUGCUCGGGUUCGAGGUGCGCAACAUCAGUUUGGUGGACAGUCCUUCGGCCUGGAACUGAUGUUGGGCGGUAGCGUCGACGAUUGGAAGGGACGGAGAAAUGGCAAAGGACAGUUUAGUCAACCCCUUUCUGAGCCUUCGACGUCAAUUCGUCAACUGCCAACCCUUCUGGUACAUUUCCCUACCCCUCAGCGCGUCCACCGAAUCCCUUCUUCCCACUUUGUAUGGCCACUUUUGUGUGUGUGUUGGAGACGGUUUCACGGGCCUGUCUACAGGGCGUUCUAA